GCCAAUCACGUCCGAUCAGAGCGGAAGAAGCCCACGGGAAGAAGCGCACGGGAAGAAGAGCCUUGUUUACCAUGUAGCAUUCCGCUGUUUACCGAGCAACUGUGAAGAUAUGGAAGAGAGACUGAUCGCCGCCGUGAUGACCUUUCCAGAGCUGUACAACCCUGCCAUGAGGGAGUAUAAAGACGGCAAUCGCCGUGCAGUGGCUUGGCGUUGUAUCGCUCUUCAAGUUCCGAUUUCUGAGGAGGACGCUAAGAAAAAGUGGAGAAAUCUCAGAGACAGAUACAGGAAGGAACACAUGGCUGAGAAGAAGAGGCGUAGCCGAUCGGCAGAAGAGCCAAGGAGGACAUGGAAAUUCAUGCCACUGCUUCACUUCCUCGACCCCUACGUCAAGGACAGGCCGACAUCUUCCAACAUGAGGCAUGGCGAGGGUGCUUCUGAAACGGACAGUUUCUCAGCAUCGGAGCCGAGCCCCAUACUGAGUGAUGCUGAGGUGCCCUCCCGCAGCACAGCCACCAACCCAGACAUCAGCCUUGUGAUGCGCCCGGUGACGUCUCAGGAGAACUUCUGCGAGCUCACGCCUCAGGAGAACUUCUGCGGGGUCACACCAGGACCCGUGAUGCCCUUUGAGUGCCCCCGCAUGCCCACACCUGGUCCUUCACAGCCCCUGCAGCGCCCCUGCCCUGCUACACCAGAGCCCCUCCAAAGCCCCAGCAAACCCCUGCACGAAGGGAGUCGACCUUCUCGCCCCAAGAGAGGACACACAGAGCUCUCUGAAUUUGAGGCCCAGGUGAUGAACACACUUAGCAGCCGUCCAGACGAGGAGGAGCACUUUGGAUUGAGCCUGGCGGCAACAUUGCGGAGACUUCCCCCAUCAAAGAGACGACUGCUACGGUGCCACAUUGAGCAGCUAGUCUAUGAGGUCGAGUUUGGGGAUGGACUGUGCAAUAGAGGGUAUGCACUGACGUCACUUUCCCACCGGAAUACGCCCCCUCAGUCAGACUGAGUGGCAAAACAACAUGCUGCAACAUGGCUGCCUUUAGUAGGGGAAACUGCGAAACCGGGAGUAAAACAAACGAUUACCUGCUUAAAUUAAAGAUAGUUGGACUCCGCAGUGAUCCUUACAACCAUAGGAGUAGAUUUCGGGGGGGACUCAGUGGAUACGUCCCCCUCAAUAUUUAGAACACAUGCAUUUGUCCCCCCCCAAUAAAAACUGAAUUUUGUGUUUUCCUUUACAUAAAUAAAGACAUUUCCACCAUAAAUUGAUGCAGAAAAGGCACAAAUUGGUGCAUAAAAAUUCACCAGAAUGCAGGAAAUGAAGUGUUUGACGCUCAAAAUUUCCUGGGGAGGACCCCCCAGACCCCCUGCUUAAUGUGUCUCCCCCAAUGUUCAAACGAAACCUACACCACUGCUUACAACUUACCAAAGAACCAGUGGUCCAUGGACAUUGACAUGUGGCCAGGGAUCGGGUUUCUUGACAUUUAUAUGUACCUGAUUUCAACGCCGGGGAAAUACACAAAGCAAAGCCUGAAGGCAUACAAAAACCUUGACGCUUGGUUGUACUUCAAGGUGGGAUUUGUUGGCAAAAUUAAAGUGACGAGGACACCAAUGAA